GGUCGAAAUAUUGCAUUAAAACAAAUAGCAGUUCAGUCGUCCACUUAUGACAGUAACAAAUCGGGUGCCAAGAAAGCUGUAGACGGUAAUAGAGACAGUGACUAUUAUAAAUAUAGCUGCACUCAUACUGACGAUAAUAGUAACCAAUUAUUUUGGAAUGUUACUUUAAACCCCCCUGCAACUGUAGACAGGUUUGUCAUUUAUAACAGGAUC